CUGGCAAGCCGGGUGAGAAGCCACGAGCCCCAGGGAGGUGACAACCAGCACCCACCAUGGUCUCCAUGGGGCUCCAGCUGCUGGGCUACGCCGUGGCCUUCCUGGGCUACAUUGGCACGCUGACAGCCACGCUGCUGCCCAGCUGGAAGACCAGCUCCUACAUUGGCUCCAGCAUCGUGACAGCCGUGAGCUUCACCAAGGGGCUAUGGAUGGAGUGCGCCACAUACAGCACGGGCAUCACCCAGUGUGACAUCUACAGCUCCCUGCUCAACCUGCCUGCCGAUGUCCAGGCAGCCCAAGCCCUGAUGGUGAGCUCCUGCGCCAUCUCCUCCCUCGCCUGCCUUCUCACCGUUGUGGGCAUGAGGUGCACCGUCUUCAACCAGGGCUCACCGGGCAAGGACCGGGUGGCGGUAGCGGGCGGUGCGGUCUUCAUCCUUGGGGGGCUGCUCUGCUUCAUCCCGCUGGUGUGGAACAUCCAUGUGGUGCUGCGGGAUUUCCACAACCCCAUCCUCCCCGACAGCAUAAAGUUUGAGCUCGGGGAGGCGCUUUACCUGGGCAUCAUCUCCUCCCUCCUCUCCCUCGUCGGCGGCUUCAUCCUCUGCACCUCCUGCCCUGCCCGGGACCAGACAGCCACCUAUGGAAGCACCUACCAGCCUCGGCUGCUGGCAGGCAAGAGCCCCCGGCCCUCCGUCAUCCAGGCGCAGAAGACCAAGAGUGAGCUGAACUCCUACAACCUGACGGGAUACGUGUAG